CGACGAGGCAGAGAAUGAGACCGAACCCGCGGAGGGGAGGGAAGGGGAAGGGGGUGGCAGACGACGAGCGGAGGUGGGGCCCGAGCGCCGAGAGGAGCCAAGCGAUCGCGUAUGUCGUUGCGGAGCUUGCAGGGGAUGGUGGACAUUCGCGCUGUCACAGAUUGUUGGGGCGAAAAUGAAGGGGCGGAGAUGCUGCAUUGGCAGCUGAGCAGGACAGUGGCCAGGUUUUUGUUGGUCUCGGGGGUCCUGCUCUGUUCCCCCGCCCCCACUGACCGCUCGCCUUGCCAGAUUUAAGCCCCGUUCCCACCCGCUGUUUUCCAUCUAUCUAUCCAUCUCACUCCGAUUCUCUGGCCCUUCCUCCGAAGCGAAGAUUCACCUUGUCUCCGAAGGGGAGGGAGGAGAGAGGGAGAGAGAGAGAGAGAGUCACAGGAGGAUUAGACGAGAGGAGAUUCGACGCGAGACUGGGCUUCUGCAUCCGCUUCUGCUGCUGCUGCUGAUGCUGAGGCCACAACUGGAACUCGACGCGGAAACCAGCAACUUUCAGUGUGGGCCGGGGGAAUUGGAAUCUCAGGGACGCGAAUGAUCGUCGGCGCGAAGGAAUUAGAGCCGGGUAGCGCAAUCCGAGAGGCGAGCGGGGCGCAAAGAUGGCGUUCGCGGGGUGCGUGGAGGGGGACGCGGCGGGCUUGGCGAACUUGCUGACGGCGGGCGGGUCGGUGAACAACGAGAGCGCAUUGGCCCUGGGGCAAUACAUUUGUGAGAAGUUCGAUGGCGUCUCGGCGGCGCUGGGCGCCCACACGCUGGCCGUGGACAACACAUACCUCCUCUUCUCGACGUACCUCGUGUUCUCGAUGCAGAUCGGAUUCGCCAUGCUGUGCGCGGGGUCGGUGCGCGCGAAGAACACCAUGAACAUCAUGCUCACGAACGUGCUGGACGCAGCGGCGGGCGGCAUCUCGUUCUAUCUGUUCGGAUUCGGGUUCGCCUUCGGGCGCAGCGGCUCCAACAACGGCUUCAUCGGGAGCAACUACUUCGCGCUGCACCGCGUGCCCAACGCGGCCAACGGCUUCGACUACAGCUUCUUCCUGUUCCAGUGGGCGUUCGCCAUCGCGGCGGCCGGCAUCACCAGCGGGUCGAUCGCGGAGCGCACGCAGUUCGUGGCCUACCUGGUGUACUCGUCGUUCCUGACUGGGUUCGUGUACCCGAUCGUGGCGCACUGGAUGUGGUCGGUGGACGGGUGGUUGGGCGCCGCGGCCAAUGACUCGCGGCUCUUCAGCGUGGGCGCUAUCGAUUUCGCAGGCAGCGGCGUGGUGCACAUGGUGGGCGGCAUCGCGGGCUUCUGGGGCGCGUUCAUCGAGGGCCCGCGCAUCGGGCGUUUCGCCAAGAACGGCGCCAACGGCAUGGACAUGCGCGGGCAUAGCGCCUCGCUCGUAGUGCUGGGCACCUUCCUGCUCUGGUUCGGAUGGUACGGAUUCAACCCGGGCUCGUUCGUCAAGAUCCUGGUGCCCUACGAGGGCUCGAGCUUCCAGGGCAACUGGACGGGCGUGGGGCGCACCGCGGUCACCACCACGCUCUCGGGCUGCGCCGCGGCGCUCACCACGCUGUUCGCGCGGCGCCACUUCACCGGGCACUGGAACGUGACCGACGUCUGCAACGGGCUGCUGGGAGGGUUCGCUGCCAUCACGGCGGGCUGCGCCGUGGUCGAGCCCUGGGCCGCCAUCAUCUGCGGCGUGGGCGCCUCGUGGACGCUCAUGGCCUGCAACUAUCUGGCCGCGCGCUUCAAGUACGACGACCCGCUGGAGGCCGCGCAGCUGCACGGUGGCUGCGGCGCCUGGGGGCUCAUCUUCACGGGCCUCUUCGCGCGCCAGAAGUACGUGUCCGAGGCCUACGGGGCGGGGCGCGGCCACGGGCUCUUCAUGGGUGGCGGCGGCAAGCUGCUGGCCGCGCAGAUCAUCGAGGUCCUGGUCAUCGCCGGCUGGGUCUCGGCCACCAUGGGCCCGCUCUUCUGGCUGCUCAAGAAGUUCAGCCUGCUGCGCAUCUCGCCCGACGACGAGAUGUCGGGCAUGGAUCUCACGCGCCACGGCGGCUCCGCUUACAACAUCGAGGAGCCCGAGCUCCGCUUCAACUUCCCCAAUGGCACCGCCGCCGCCGGCGACCAGAAGAAGAACAAGCAGCCCCCCUCCAUCCCUAUGGCUUAAUUCCGAUUUUUCCUUCCCAUCAGCUGACACUUCUCUCUCGUCAUCAUGGCGUCUCUCGAAUCUCUCAAAAUUCUCAAUCUCUCAAAUCUCUCAAAAUUUCAAAUUCUCAAAUCUUCAAUCUCUCAAAUCUCUCAAAAUUUCAAAUUCUCAAAUCUUCAAUCUCUCGAUCUCUCGCUCCCUCGCCCUCCGACGUCUUCGUCGGCGGCACGGUGCCCCCCCAUCCAUUUGACAGUUACUCUGUUGUUGUACCAACGAAACGAGCAGUUGCGCCACUUGUAGACAGACAGACGGACGGACAGAUCAUGAGAUCAGCCGACCCGGCUGCAAUAAUACCCGCCGACGGAAGGAGAGGAGGGGAGGGGAGAGAGCGGGUGGAGAGUUGGAGUUGUAGAUAGUUUUCGCAAUGGUUGCCAGGGUUUUCUGCAGCACAUGCCUUCGUGCCUCAAAGCGUCUUGUUCGUGACGCAGAACCUUAUUGUGACGCUUUCGAUCUAGUUGGACAUUUGCUUUCAUGCUUGUAGAGAUUUUAGUCCAAUUCGUAGGCCGGGAAUGGAAAAAUUCCCGAAUUAGUCAGACCAAUUUAUUCAAUCUGGUGCACAGAUGUGGUGCAAUGUGUUUCGACAUUCAUCAAAAAAUGUAAAAUUGUGUCCGUGUUGUAUA